CGCUGUGCGAACUCUGUUACCCAGGAGGCCGCGCGUCCGCCGCCGAAGCUGGAAUUCCUCGGUCAGUGGUUCUCGCCGUCAAUUAGCGAAACCUGCUGGCUUGCCCACAAGGCUCCGCGGGGUCGCACGAGGCUAGUUGCUAAGCAGGGGGAACCUUUGGUCAACUGCCACCUGGGCCAAGGCAACAGGAAUUCCUGGAAUGGAGACCGCGAGAGCCAUCGCAGCCACGGGACGGGAUGGGUCUGGCCGACAGGCCUCAGGGAUCACACCUCGAUCUAAACAAACUUAAGCGAGGAAAGAAAUGGACCCUGCCGCCAGCCCCGACGGGGCGACGCGUUAGGUCCUUUGUGACUUUUCCUACCGUUCAGUCCUCAGAGUCGUUGCUACCCCGAGGACUCCGCCAUGCCUCACAUCGACAACGAUGUGAAACUGGACUUCAAGGAUGUCCUGUUGAGGCCCAAACGCAGCACCCUUAAGUCUCGAAGCGAGGUGGAUCUCACAAGAUCCUUUUCCUUUCGGAACUCAAAGCAGAUGUACACUGGAGUCCCCAUCAUCGCGGCCAAUAUGGAUACCGUGGGCACCUUUGAGAUGGCCAAGGUUCUCUGUAAGUUCUCCCUCUUCACUGCCGUCCAUAAGCACUACAGGCUCGAUCAGUGGCAAGAGUUUGCGAGCCAGAAUCCCGACUGUCUUGAGUAUCUGGCUGCCAGCUCAGGCACAGGCUCUUCGGACUUUGAGCAGCUGGAACAGAUCCUGGAAGCUAUUCCCCAGGUGAAAUACAUCUGCCUGGAUGUGGCCAAUGGCUACUCUGAACACUUCGUUGAAUUUGUGAAGGACGUACGGAAGCGCUUCCCCCAACACACCAUCAUGGCGGGGAAUGUAGUAACAGGAGAGAUGGUGGAAGAACUAAUCCUCUCUGGGGCUGAUAUCAUCAAAGUAGGAAUUGGGCCAGGUUCUGUGUGUACUACCCGGAAGAAAACUGGAGUAGGCUAUCCCCAGCUCAGUGCAGUGAUGGAGUGUGCAGAUGCUGCUCAUGGCCUCAAAGGCCACAUCAUCUCAGACGGAGGCUGCAGCUGUCCUGGAGAUGUGGCCAAGGCUUUCGGAGCAGGGGCUGAUUUCGUGAUGCUGGGCGGCAUGCUGGCUGGGCACAGCGAGUCAGGGGGUGAGCUCAUCGAGAGGGAUGGCAAGAAGUACAAGCUCUUCUACGGCAUGAGCUCCGAAAUGGCCAUGAAGAAGUAUGCCGGGGGCGUGGCUGAAUACAGGGCCUCAGAGGGAAAGACAGUGGAAGUCCCAUUUAAAGGGGAUGUGGAACAUACCAUCCGAGACAUCUUAGGAGGGAUCCGCUCAACGUGUACCUACGUGGGAGCAGCCAAGCUGAAGGAGUUGAGCCGGAGAACUACCUUCAUCCGAGUCACCCAGCAGAUGAAUCCUAUCUUCAGUGAUGAGCACUAGACCUGAGCACCUCUGGUCCACCAGGGCACUGGCACUCUACCAGGGACCUCCCGGGUCAACUCCUUCCCGAUCCCAGCUGCUGUGCCUAUGUAUUAACUCGUCAUUUCCUAGCAUCUCGCUCCUGAGGGCUCCUGCGGUAACUAUACUUCUCUCUCUGCACACAUGAAAUACCCAGGGCACUCAACACUGGGGAGGAAGCAAGGAAGAAGACAGUCUGAGAAAAUGAAGUCAGAUAAUCAAAUGGGAAUCUGGGGACCCAGCGUCCUCAAGAUUACUAAAAAGAACUGACACUGACUGAUAGAUGAAUGUUUUAUAUGGCCUUGGUCUGGCAGAGGCAGGCUUUCAGAAUCAUGACAUGUUAAUGAGCUUCAUUAAAUGGGACCUUCGCAUAUCUAAAACACAAAAGUGUUAACAUAUUUGAAAUACCUCAAUAAAGAGACCCCAUCAACUGCAGAGAUGCUGGGCUUUCUGCAUAAGGCUGGCAUCUUGGUGCAGCUCCAGGGAGAGUGGAAGUGGAGCUGGCACUGACCGGGGGGUCAAGGACAAGGAGCACUGUUAUCUCCAUUCCAGUGCCACCUCCGGAUAACUGGCAGCAGUGGGAAUUUACAAAGUACACUCUGGCGUUAGGACGUAUAUAUAUUUUUCAGAACAGCAAAAGGACAUUUCUUCUGGGCUCUCAACCAUGGUUGAGAAGGGCUCUUCUGGACACAUCUGAACACUUCCCAUGGAAGUAAAAAAGCAAAGAGAUUGUUCCAGCUCUGGAGAAUCUGGUUGUGUUUCUAAGCAAUGACCCUAUGCUGGCUUAUUCCCCUCCCUCUCAUCCAGACGAUGUUCUAAUAAAUGCAAAGUUUAAUGAUCAA